CCAACAUCUUCUGCAGCACAAGUGCAGCACCGCAAGUCGCAGUCGCCGUCAGCACCCACACGUCCUCGGUCUCCGGCCUUUAACUCCUCUGCACCGUCGUCUUCGGCGCUCUCUUUCACUUGUCCCAACUUCUCCCCCCAAUUGGCCUCCACCAUGGCCAAGGUCGACCAAAAGACGGUCCUCAUCGUCAUUGACGGCUGGGGUGUUGCCGGCGAGAAUUCUCCCAAGGAGGGCGAUGCCAUUCUCGCUGCCGAUACGCCGUGCAUGGACGAGUUCGCAAAGGAUGGAUCCAAGACUGCCCAGGGCUACACCGAACUCGAGGCGUCUUCGCUCGCCGUCGGUCUUCCCGAGGGCCUCAUGGGCAACAGCGAGGUCGGCCACUUGAACAUUGGCGCUGGUCGCGUUGUCUGGCAGGAUGUCGUACGGAUCGACCAGACCAUUAAGAAGGGCGAGCUCAACAAGAUCAAGAACAUCCACGAGUCCUUCACCCGCGCGAAGAACGGCAACGGCAGGCUGCACCUGGCUGGUCUUGUCUCCGAUGGCGGCGUCCACUCGCACAUCAACCACCUCGUGGCUCUUCUCAAGGUUGCCAAAGAGAUUGGCGUGCCGCACGUCUUCAUCCACUUCUUCGGCGAUGGUCGCGACACCGAUCCCAAGUCGGCUGCUGGAUACAUGACAGAUCUGCUCGCGCACACCAAGGAGCUCGGCAUUGGCGAGAUUGCCACCGUCGUUGGCCGUUACUACAUCAUGGAUCGCGACAAGAGGUGGGAUCGUGUUGAGAUUGGUCUGAAGGGCCUUGUUACUGGAGAGGGUGAGGACGCCGAGGAUCCGGUGGCUGCCAUCAAGGCGCGAUACGAGCAAGGCGAGAACGACGAGUUCCUGAAGCCCAUCAUUGUGGGAGGAAAGGAGCGAAGGAUACAGGAUGGUGACACUGUCUUCACUUUCAACUACCGAUCGGACCGCGUCCGCGAGCUCACCCAGCUUCUGGGUGGGUUCGACCGGUCACCAAAGCCCGAUUUCCCGUACCCCAAGGACAUCAGCCUGACCACCAUGACCCAGUACAACGUCAAGUUCCCGUACAACAUUGCUUUCCCGCCACAGAAGAUGGACGACGUGCUUGCUGAGUGGUUGGCGAAGCAGGGCGUGAAGCAGUGCCACAUCGCAGAGACGGAAAAAUACGCCCACGUCACCUUCUUUUUCAAUGGCGGUGUCGAGAAGCAGUUUGACAAUGAGGAGCGUGAUAUGAUUUCGUCUCCCAAGGUCGCUACCUACGACCUUGAGCCCAAGAUGAGCGCCAUGGCUGUUGCGGACAAGACGUGCGAGCGCAUCAAGGAGGGCAACUUUGAAUUCAUUAUGCUCAACUUUGCACCUCCCGACAUGGUGGGUCACACUGGCGUCUACAAAGCUGCCAUUGAGGGUGUCACCGAGACGGACAAGUCCAUCAAGAAGAUCUAUGAGCAGUGCAAGGAGAGUGGAUACGUGUUGUUCGUCACCGCCGACCACGGUAACGCAGAAGAGAUGCUUACCGAGGAGGGCACGCCAAAGACGUCGCAUACCCUCAACAAGGUUCCGUUCGUCAUGGCCAACGCCCCCGACAACUUUUCCCUCAAGAAGACGGACGGCGUGCUCGGGGAUGUUGCGCCCACGCUGCUUGAGGUCAUGGGUUUGCCGCAGGCCGAGGCCAUGGACGGCCAUAGCCUGCUCGUCAAGUCGUAAAGUACCGCCUCUGUCGACCAUGCGACCCGUCUAACGCGUUUGAGGAGCAGGGGAUCAAGCCCGCCGCCGAAGCGUCAACGUACAGACUAGAUAGAUUCCG